CGUAUACAUGCGUCAUGACGUCACCGUAGAGGAAACGUCGGGACCCGGAAGUGGAGCGGCAGCAAGCCACAAACAACAACAGGCGCGAGGCGAUUAACGGAGAAAUGAUGAUGAGACGUGUGAGAGCGCGCGAGGCCCGCCGCACGCACCGGUGACGUGACGUCGACAGGUGUCCGUGACGUCAGCGAAACUAACGACUUGACCCGCAGCAUGGCGGAGGCCGGCGCCCACCUGACCGCCACCGCCGACCAGCGGCCGUCCAUCUUCGAGCUGCUGGCCCAGGAGGCUCUGAUGGAGGCGGUGAGACCGGCCCUGCAGCACGCCGCCAAGGUGCUCGCCGAGUCCGACCCGUCUCGCUUCGGCUUCCUGUGGCGGCGCUUCGACGAGCUCUACCUGCUGCUGGACGUCCUGCUGCAGAGCCACUUCCUGUCCCGGAGCUCCGCCUCCUUCUCUGAGAACUUCUAUGGGCUGAAGCGCACGCCGGGCCCGGGGGGGCGGGGCCCGGACGCCGGGGGGCGGGGCCUGGACGCCGGGCGGCGCCGGCUGUCUCUGCUGCUGCUCUGUGUGUUCCCGUACCUGCGGGCGCGGCUGGAGGCGGCGCUCGCCCGCCAGCGCGACGAGGACGACUUCUCCAUCCGGCUGGCGCAGGGCGGGCGGCGGCGGCUGCUCCGGGCGGCGGCGGCGGCGCUGCCUCGGCUCGGCGCCGCCUGGCGGCUCUGGAGCUUCUGCCAGCAGCUGCUCUACACCUUCGGCCACGCGCAGACCCACAGUCCCCUGCUGUGGCUCGCCGGCGUCAGACUGAGCCGCCUGAGUGCCGCCGACAUCACACACAUGGAGACACGUGAGACAGGACGCCUGCAGCACGACAGCCUGCUGCAGAGGGCGUGGCGUGUGAUGAGGGCGGCGGCG